ACCCUCGCCUUCCAUGCAUUAUCUAUUAUUUUUAUUUUAUUAUAUAUAUAGUACUGUUUGUCUAUUCGCAAAGCAACCAAUUUGAGAUUCUUGCGCAAUAUAUCGUCCAUCAUGGAACGCCCCUUGUACAAACCCUAUGAUCAGUUCAUCCUCUUCGGGGAUUCCAUCACCCAAAUGUCCUCUAGCCAGGAGAUGGGCUUCGGGUUUCAACCAGCAUUACAAGACGCCUACUCUCGAGUUCUGGAUGUGAUCAACCGCGGGUUCGGUGGAUAUAACACCGGGCAUGCUGUCAAGGUGUUUGAGAAGUUCUUUCCUGUCCCCGAAAUAGCUACAGUCCGAUUUCUGACAAUUUGGUUCGGGGCCAACGAUGCAUCCCUCCUCGAGUCCAGCAACAACCAACAUAUCCCAUUGGAUGUUUAUAAAAAGAACUUGAAAUGGAUUAUCCAACAUCCCGCGACGGUUGCUCAGAACCCCCGAAUUCUCCUCAUUACCCCGCCUCCGUUGAACGAGUAUCAGCUGGAGGAAUUCGACCUGGCUAAGGGCAAUGUCCACCCAACCCGCACAAACCGUCAGGUGAAGGCAUAUGCGGAGGCUGCCCGGGAGGUCGGUGAAUCCCUGGGAGUUCCUGUAGUCGACAUCUGGAGAGCUAUGAUGACGGCAGUCGGCUGGAAGGAGGGAGAGCCUCUGACCGGAUCGAGGGAAGCGCCAAACCACGAGAAAUUCGCGAGUCUCUUCACGGACGGACUGCAUCUCACGGCGGACGGGUACCGCAUUGUCUAUGAUGCCGUCAUUGAGGCCAUAGAUAAGAAUUUCCCCGAUCAAGCACCAAGAAAGCUUUCCAUGGUAUUUCCUCCUUGGGUUGAGGCUCCAAAAUAAGCAGGAAAAGGAAACAGAAUUAUAUAUAUAAAUGAAUAGUGUUCAAAUUUAGACCUCAAUUUCCAUUUGUAUUCAC